CAUGGAUCAAUCUUGAGCACGCCUGUGCCAUCGGGCACUGCGGAGGUUGCUUCUGGGAGUGGUGCGACCGCCAUAGCUUCGCCCACCUCUGCAGCUUGAUGUGGCGGCACUUGCUCGAGCUCAACGCGAGGGCGUCAUGCUAAGCCCCACAUGCCCCGCAGAGAUAUCAACCUGACAAAAUUUCUGCUUCGCUCAAUCCUUCGGGAUUUGCGGCAGACUCGUCCCUUACCCGUGUUGCACGAUGGCCAAGAUUACAUAGGCACUGAGUGUGUCAGGACGACGUCGAGAAAGAUUCGAUACCUCUGCGAUCAUCUAAGCGCCCUUUGGGUCCUGAUCAGCUCGGAUCUCUCAAAGCAGAGCAUCAACCUUGCAAGUAGCUUUUGCAGGCUCUUGACAGGCACGAGUAUCAGCCCGGGUCGGUAGAUCGUACAUACAAUGCAUCAAUGACAGCAGUCAUCUGGGAUUUUUGCCUUUUUCUGCGUACAUGAGUCUAGCGAGGAGCGAGUCCAUCAUUGGGUUCUAGUGCUUCUGCGAGACUUCUCACGAGACUGCCCAGAAGCACAUCGUGACUGCGAGCUUCCUUGCCGAAGAUCUCGGCGUCCUGUCGCUUUCAUGUGAGCCUCUCAGACGAAAUUGAGAAAGAGGGGCAUACCAGUGAAGUGUCACUUAACUGGCUGCAGCAAGGACGCAGAUGCUCGCUUGUCUCUCGCCGCAGCUGGUUGAUGUCGAUGUUGUUCGUCAUACGCACAACCGGCCGAUAUUCUGUACUUAGAGUUGCAGCAUUCGGCCGUCCGGAUGCGCCCAGGAGCUGAUGUCGGUGCUCUUCUGUAUAGAAGUUGAGAUGGCGCCAGAUCAGCAGCAAAGAAGUCUCGACCGCGGCUGCGAUACGAGUGUCAGAAUCGGAAAGCUUUGUCGGU